AUGUCAAAGGCAUUGAUAUUCCCUGGGCAAGGGGUUUCAAAGUUCCUGUUUCUUAAAAGAAUAGUUGCCAAAGACCAUUCGUUUUCAAAAUACCUCGAUUUCGUCGACGAGAGUCUCAAUGAGAAGUUCUCUGCCCGUCUUCUUGAUGACAAUGAUCCCGAUUUAUUCUUCCAUAAAACCUCGAAUUCCCAACCGGCAAUCGUUGCGUCCUCCUAUAUUAUUCAUCAAUAUUUGAUUAAACAUAAAGGUGUUGAUGUGAUGGAAACUGCGGAUGUGGUGUGUGGACAUUCUCUCGGAGAGUUCACCACUCUUCUAUUUAACGGGGGGAUUGGGUUUCAAGAGGUGAUUCGUCUUGUACGUCAACGGGGGAAGUUGAUGGAAGAGAACAUCGAGCGUUAUUACAAGAAGCACAGGACAGUCGAUGAUGCGUUCAAGAUGGUAGCUUUGCUCAUCCAGCCAAAGAAUUUUCAGACAACGUUGAAUGAACUACACAAUUUACAUGGGGACGUGUACGUUGCCAACAUCAACUCCCAGAAACAAAUCGCGAUCGUAGGACUUAAUAGUAAGAUCCAAGCUAGUUUACAGAUACUACGCCACGAUAAAAAGCUCCGGAUCAAAACCAUUGAGUUACCUAUCACUAUUCCGUUCCACAGCCCUUUCAUUCAGGAGUCACAGCAUCAACUCCUGAAAUAUGCGUCUGACUUAAUAAUACCCAACCUCCAAGCCACCUCCUCUAUACUACGCAGGCCGAUGGUGACCAACUACCAAUUUGUUCAGACCCAAGACCCUCAAGAAGCGAUCCGAUUAAUCGUCAACAACACCACACAGCCCGUGGACUUUGUGGGACUCAUCAACCACUUAUACCACACUCGUAAUGUCCGACACUUUGUUGGCUUACCCCCAGGUAAUAUCACCAAGCACGUCGAGGUGAUGAAAAGCGCGGGCCAAUGGGGCUCAGAAGUGUCUGUUGGCUUAGAGGACUGGGAGUAG